CGUCAGGUUCAUCAAAUAGGGAAAAACUUCUAUGUCUACAGGAAGAAACAGCCCGACAUGGCCCCGUGUGUGUGUCGCAUUCUGAACAUGGUAGCUUCAGGGGACAAUAGGAAGAAAUAUGUCGACUACUUGGAUAGCCGAAAUGAGUGGCAAGAUGACCUGUCGCUGUUCGACUUUGUGAAGUUCGACUACGGGGGCCAGUUUAGACGGGACAUGGUUGAGAGUGUGGAGCGACUGACUAGACUUCUGCCUGUGUUCCUUUCUCUUGUACCCUACUUCUAUUUUAAGACUUCUUUCAAUGCCAUCUUCAGAGCGCAGGGACUACAGAUGCAGUUUCCCUCUUGGGACAGAGAAAACGCCACCCUAAACCUAAAUGAUACCAGUUACACGCUAAAGCGACCUGUUUCUUGGUACAGCUUAGGACUCAACUUAAUCUUCGUCGGCGUCUUGAUUCCAAUCAUGCUCUUCCUCAACUCAGACUGCUUCCGCCACAUCAUCUUCAAGUUCAAAAUGUGUCUGUACAAAAUUAGAGGUCAAAAGGACACCCUCGCUUUUGACGUUGACCUCCCACUGGCUUUCUCAGCGGCCAAAGAUCACAAGAGGCUCUUGACAGGGCUCUUUUUGGGUUUUGUUUCAAUCUCUCUUGCCAUUGCAGUGGAUUUGGUCCGUCAUUAUAAGUUCAACGAGUGUCUCACAUCCAACGAACACAUAAUAGACCAGUGUAUCAUCAGACAGGAGUACAACGGGUGCACAUUCGUGGCCUCCCAUUUCAGUGUCCUGUGGCAACUGCCGCAGCAGUUGGCAGCCUCUAUCUCACAAGUGUUUGUAGUGGUGACUGCUUACCAGAUUGCCUACCUUCAGGCACCUGACUACGAAUCGGAACCAUACAAAAUGCAGGGCAUAUUCAUUGGUCUUUGCUUCCUCGCAAAAGCGAUUGGAGCAGCCUUUGUGUUGUCGUUAUCCAACUUGUUGAACUUGGUCUCCGCUUUUUGCAUCUACAACAGCUCCGACGACACCAAAUGCCAGCUGCCAGACGGAAAACUGUACUGGUAUUACGUCAUAAUAGCCGGAAUACAACUGAUAGGGAUAGCAUUGUCGAUUUACGCAUUUAAGAAAUUCUUCCGCUGGGCACAUGGCGAGACCUAAAGUAAACAUCGAUAAACUGUUUCUGAAAACCGAUAAACUAGAAUUUUAAUAAGAACAGUGAACACCUUUUGCCACAAUAAAAUUAAUAUAUUCAUGAACAAAAUGUACGCAGUAAGAUGUUAGAGUUAAAGUUCAACAAGUGGAGGAUUUAGG